AUGGCCUCCACCACAACGACGACCACUAUCACGCCCGCCAGCGUAUCGGAGGUGCUCGUCGACUACAGCCUGCACCAUUCCGACAGCACUCCCACCGACACCAAGGAGGAAGGGCAGCAGACCGCGACGACGGGUGGCAGCAACAGCAGCAACCCACCAGGCUAUGGCGCGCAAUAUCGUCGUGUGCCUGCACACCGGCCGAUAAACAGGGAGCUGGAUCAGAGCCAGCGUGCCGUCUACGUGGAUGCUGGCGAGCGCGUCUUUAUCACCGUCAUGUUUGGUGGACUUUUCGUCAACUCUACGGCGGCCAAAGUCUGGAACGCAACAGUGGGAAGGUUUAACCCAGGUAUCUUUAGAUAUCCUUUGGGCGGCGAGAUAUAA